AUGACCCUCAUUUUGUCCACGGCCCAGGUAGCUCCUCAUUCAUCUGGACUCAUCUGUCUUUUGUGCGACUGCAUGAUCCGAGCCGUGGUCGACGGUGGUACUAGAGUUUUCUCAGGGUGGACAGGGAGCUACUGUGACAGCUCCGGAGAUAUGCUCACUGCUGUGCGGCGCAUGUUGUGCAAACUGGUUUCUCCAUUGUGGAGGCCAGUAGAAGUUGAUGAAGAAGGCAUUUUCUCCGGUGUGCCAGGCAUGGAGGACAUUCGCCACAUUCGGGCUGGUGUGGUAACCCAGCUGUGCCUGGACUACGGCUUGAUAGACAAAGCAGUCUAUUUCACUAGUGGAGAGGUUUUGGGUGGGAUGCCACUGAAAGAAGGGGACCUAGUGAACUGCAUAGCAGUACGACAUGGUGCCCAAGGGGGUUGGAAAGCUUUAAGGGUGGAGAAGAGUGCUGAUGCUUGGGAGGACGGAGGAUGCACUUCCCCAGAAGCUGACAGUAUGCAGCUGCGGCCUCUCAUUGGCACAGUCACAUCAUUUGAUGGAGAUGGUGGCCACAUUAACCAGACCACUUACUUCCCACGCUACAGUCUUUGGGAAGGUUACGAGCCAAUGAAAGGAGACUGGGUCCAAGCAAAAUAUUUUAUCAAUCCUACUCAGUGGACCACCCAGGCUCAUUCUGUGGCCCCUUUACGCUAUUGCCGCCUAGACCAGGCGUGUGUGACCAGCAUGUAUGGUAACAAUGGUGUGGUGGCAGACAGUGUGUUCUUCAGCCUGGACUCUCUGCUGCUGCCUGCCCACUACCGGCCUUUGCCAGGGCACGUGGUCAACCUGGUAAUGGUGGAGAGCAGUCAGUCCUUCUACUGUUGGCGGGCCCUGUGCAUGGCACCCUGCCUUCAAGGUACGAAUUUUGCUGCUACACAUCUACCAGCGGCUGAUCUCCAGAAACUCCUUGAAAACAAAGGGGGGGUUGAUAUAACAGACUAUGGCCAGUUUGGGGAAGUGAUGAUUGGGGAGAGACGAGAGCUGGUGCUGUGGAUACAAAGAGAACAAAUUGAGUUGGAUAUUCAACCAGGAGAGAGGCUGUCUAUAGUAGUGGGCUGUCAAGCAAAGAGCCUGGGAAGCUGUGCCGAGCUGCUGCUGCUGCAUUUCUCCAGUUUUGUCAUUGGGAGGCGCCUGGAGGUCACAGUGGGUAGUGAAGAGGAGAACCUGCUGCAGCCAUCUGUGCCUUACAGUCCCAGCGAUGCCAGGCCGGUCUCAACAACGCCUGGUCAUGUGAUCACUGUCUCUGCUCCAAAAGAUGCACCUAGGCUUACUAAGCGGCGACUGCCAAGCUUCUUACCUUCCUACCCAGUGCCUCAGGGCCUAAGAGACUGUGUGGAGGCAAAUAAUGAUGUGCUGGUUGUGCAGCCAUGCCUAGGAGAGGUGCUGUCACAAUCCAACACACAUUUACGAUUUUCAGCCCUCCUGUGGUUGGAAGAGCUGCAUGUAGAGUGGGAACUGAAAGAAUUCAUAAUCAAUGGGGCCAUUUUAAAAAGAGGAGCUGUCUACCUGCACCUAGAGGUCCAUGGCUUGGCUGAGGGUAGACCCAAUCUCAGUAUAGGUGACAGAAUAGUAUUGAAGAAACCACGGCGUGACGGUAUGGUAAUGGAGUACGUUAGUUAUGUCACAGAGAUCAAUGAUGAGAAUGUGAGUUUGAGAGUGAACUCAGAGUUUCAGCGUAGCUAUGUUGGAGAGCCGCUUGAUGUGGAAUUCUCUUACAACAGGUUGACCAUGAGGCGGUGUCAUCACGGACUUGACCAAACGAAACAGUUUGGGGAGAAUGGUGGGCUGCCAUCCAAACCCAUCCCCAGCCCUGGUCACUUCUUUAACCCCAACCUCAACCCCCCUCAGAGAGAGGCAGUGAAGAGGAUUUUGGCUGGAGAGUGUCGACCCACCCCUUAUGUUCUAUUUGGACCCCCAGGCACUGGAAAAACCAUCACUCUUAUAGAGGCUAUACUGCAGGUGUACCACUUUCUGCCCAGUAGUCGGGUACUUGUAUGCACUCCUUCCAACAGUGCUGCUGACCUCAUCUGCAUCCGUCUACAUCACAGCGGCUUCCUGCAUGCUGCAAGUUUGGCCCGUGUCAAUGCAUCUUGUAGGCAGGAAGAGUUCAUUCCAGAAGUACUGAGACCGUAUUCGAGGGCUGGAGAGGACAUUCGUCAUGCCUCUUUUCACAGGAUUGUUGUCAGCACCUGCUCCAGUGCUGGCAUGUUCUAUAAUGUAGGACUACAAGUGGGACAUUUUACCCAUCUGUUCCUGGAUGAAGCAGGCCAGGCCACAGAGCCAGAGUCCCUGAUCCCCAUAAGUCUUGUGUCAGAGAGAGAUGGACAGAUAGUGUUGGCCGGAGACCCCUGUCAAUUGGGUCCAGUAGUGAAGUCCAAGAUAGCCACUGCCUUUGGCUUGGGGGUGUCUUUGUUGGAGAGGCUUAUGGCCAACCCACUGUACUCCAGGCAUGAGUGGGGAUACAACCCUAAGCUGGUGACUAAGCUGAUCUACAACUACCGUUCACAUGAGGCCUUGCUCACACUGCCCUCCAAGCUUUUCUACCAGGGGGAACUGUGUUUUAAAGCCCCCAGGGCUGUAGUGGACUCCCUCUGCCAGUGGAAAAACCUGCCCAAAAGAGGCUUCCCUCUCCUUUUUCAUGGUGUCAGGGGCACAGAAAUGAGGGAAGGUAACAACCCAUCAUGGUUCAACCCAGUGGAGGCUGUGCAGGUAAUGCUUUACUGCUGCCAGCUGGCCAAAAAGCUCUACAACCCUGUGAACGUCUCUGACAUCGGCAUCAUUGCCCCCUACAAAAAACAAUGUGAGAAGAUUCGUGUACUGCUGGGUAAAGUAGGCUUGUCUGACAUCAAAGUGGGGUCUGUGGAAGAGUUCCAAGGACAAGAAUUCCUGGUCAUCAUCAUCUCUACGGUGCGUUCUAAUGAAUCGGUAGAGAGUGAUGAUUUGCAGAGUGUGCUUGGCUUUCUGGCUAACCCCAAGCGCUUCAACGUUGCCGUCACCCGCCCUAAAGCCAUGUUAUUAAUUGUUGGAAACCCUCACAUUCUCAUCUGGGACCCAUGCUUCAGGGCUUUACUGCAGUACUGCUACAUCAACGGGGCAUAUGUGGGCUGUGACCCCCCUCCUUCCCUAAGAGACUCUCACAUGUACUUAGUCCCCUCUUACGGGGUGUACUCGUCUACCCACACUGGAACCAGCCUCCACUCAUCAGAUCAGGCUGUAAAAGUUGGCUACGCUGGGGCCGAUGGAGGACUUUGGCUGGCAGCAGGAGUGUAG